GUGCGGCGCGGGAAGGCGCCGGAAGCGGCUCCAUAGUGGCCGCGGCGGGGGGAGCUCGGCGGCGCCAUGGCGGAGGAAGUGCAAAAGCAUUCUGUGCACACACUUGUGUUCAGGUCUCUGAAGAGAACCCAUGACAUGUUCGUAGCUGAUAAUGCCAAGCCUAUCCCAUUAGAUGAAGAAAGUCACAAGGUGAAAAUGKCAGUGAAGCUGCGCACAGAGUACGGCUCAGUGCUACACAUGCCCACUCUCAAAGAGAACAUGAGAGAGAAAGGAGGCCCCAACACUGGGGAUCCCUAUGGACACAAACAGUAUUCUGGAAAUCAAGSACAAGAGCUUGAGUAUAUGGUAACUGGUACACACCCAUACCCCUCUGGGCCCGGUGUGGCUUUGACAGCAGAUACCAAGGUCCAGAGGAUGCCAAGUGAAUCUGCAGCACAGUCCUUAGCUGUGGCACUUCCUGCUUCACAGUCYAGGGUGGAUGCAAACCGGACAGCUGCUGGUGUGGGUGACAUUUACAGGCAUGCUGGAAUAUCUGAGCGUUCACAACCUCCUGGGAUGUCUGUGGCUAUGGUGGAAGCUGGUGGAAACAAAAAUUCUGCRUUAGUACCAAAGAAGGCUCCAACCAUGCCCAAACCUCAGUGGCAUCCACCUUGGAAACUGUACAGAGUUAUCAGUGGUCACCUGGGCUGGGUGAGAUGUAUUGCAGUAGAACCAGGAAAUCAGUGGUUUGUUACUGGCUCUGCUGACAGAACYAUAAAGAUUUGGGACCUUGCUAGUGGCAAAUUGAAAUUGUCUUUGACGGGACACAUCAGUACUGUACGAGGGGUGAUAGUAAGUGCAAGAAGUCCAUACCUCUUUUCUUGUGGAGAAGACAAACAAGUGAAAUGUUGGGAUCUUGAAUACAAUAAGGUUAUCAGACAUUACCAUGGUCAUCUAAGUGCUGUCUAUGGCUUAGACUUGCAUCCAACGAUAGAUGUSCUGGUGACAUGUAGCAGAGAUUCAACAGCACGAAUUUGGGAUGUAAGGACGAAAGCCAGUGUGCACACACUGUCAGGACACACAAAUGCAGUAGCGACUGUGAAGUGCCAAGCUGCAGAACCACAAAUUAUUACAGGCAGUCAUGAUACUACCAUACGGCUCUGGGACUUGGUGGCAGGAAAAACUCGUGUUACUUUAACAAAUCACAAGAAAUCUGUAAGAGCGGUAGUGCUACAUCCAAGACAUUACACAUUUGCAUCUGGUUCUCCAGAUAAUAUUAAGCAGUGGAAAUUCCCAGAUGGAAACUUCAUUCAGAAUCUCUCUGGUCACAAUGCUAUUAUCAACACACUGGCUGUAAAUUCCGAUGGUGUUCUGGUCUCAGGAGCUGAUAAUGGUACUAUGCAUCUUUGGGACUGGAGAACUGGAUACAAUUUCCAGAGAGUACAUGCAGCUGUACAGCCAGGAUCUUUGGACAGUGAAUCAGGAAUAUUUGCUUGUGUUUUUGACCAGUCAGAAAGCAGAUUGCUAACUGCUGAAGCUGAUAAAACCAUAAAAGUAUACAAAGAAGAUGAUACUGCGACUGAAGAAACGCAUCCUGUCAGCUGGAAACCAGAAAUUAUCAAGAGAAAGCGAUUCUAGUGCAGCAACAUACUACCCCUGUAAUUUUGUUUUGGCUUUUCUGAGAGCAUUCAGUCACAUUUUGUUCUGCCUAGAACAGCAGAGCAAGAAGUCUGCUAAGACAUUGCUAUUUCAAUAUGUUUUAUAAUAAAUUUUAUUCCUCUUUYCUUUUGUCUUUUUUUGUUGCGAUUCCAGCAAACCAGUUGCAGYUGUUAAUUUUGUGGAGCAUGAUAGAAAAAAAAUGAAAAAGAUAGGUGUGCAGGUGAUUAUUUUUUAGACUUACACUCAGUAGAUUCUUGUAAAAAUAUUUUGAUGAGCUAGAUUUUCUGAAACACCCUUGCUUGACUUCAAAAGUUAAUUGCAAAUUUAUGCAUAGAAGUCAUCUCCUGGGAAUUUCUUGGGGACACUUUCAGAUUUUAGACCAUCAUUGUUUAUUGUACAUAGGUUAAGUCUAUACUAAAUUAGAGUUACAUAGUAAUUUAAAAACAAGCAGGACAACACAAUAAUAAGGUAGUUUACUUUAUAAACAUGGUCACUGAGCACUGCCGGUGCUGURGUAUUGAAUGAAAUGGAUCUUCAAAGUGUUUCUUUCCCCAUGAAAUCUUUCAAAUGGAGGCACUCAUCUUUAUUUGUCUUAGUUCAGAAAGGGCCUUCUGUAGCAAGGACCACUGUCAAAUCAUACUGUCCACAGUCGCUGCAGGGUGGAUUAGGACCUGUUGACUUUCUUUGUAGAUGAACUAUUGGUUUUUUCCAGUUAUCUAAAGCAUAUAUGACAGCAGAGUGCAGUGAACUUUUAAAACUGAGCUUGAUGAAAAGCUCUUACUUCAUUUAAGCCUUAAUUUUUAAUUUUACAGGCUGCUGUCUUCCCAUGAUCUUAGGAAGGAAUUUWAAAAAAACUGUUACUGAAAGAUAAUUUGUACUUCUGGAGGGAUAAGUCUUUCAUUGRCUUUACAAAUAGUCACAUAAUAAGCAGUAAACAUGUAAGCCUCCUUGCUACUGUCUGUGUGUACUGCUCUUAAACUCAUUCUCUUCACMGGGCAGUGGAGAAUAUUGGCAACUUUGCUAGCAGUGUUAAUAGAUGCAUUGGCCAGUUUUAUGCUGGAUUGAUGCUGAGAGUUAAUCUGUGGCCUCACUGAUAUCAAGCAUUGAUAUCAAGCAGUUCACAAUAAUUCUAUUCUCUACCAGUUUUACUUAUUUCAAAUCAAAGAAUUUACGUUAGAAAAUGAGUUAUUUGCAAUGUAAUUUACAAAAAGCUAGUAAGACUGAAUGUUGUUUAUAUUAUGAGAACUUUUGUCUUUUUUAUGAUGCAUAGGAGGUCUUGUAUUUAUAAUCUGAAUGAUUGACAGUGUCAUUUUAAGGGAGUCCAUACUGCAUAAAUAGCAGAAUUUUAGUAGACAGCUGCUGUCAGAAGGAACUUCACAAAAUAGGAAGGRUAAUAUUUGGUAUUUAUGAGUUGGAUUAAGCAGCUUUUAUUUGGGUGGUAAUUUGAAUUUUUUUAUCUGUUACAAAUUAGUUUUUUUUUAUUACAGUUCCUUCCAUKUUAACUAACAUAACAGUUAAAAAUACAGGCUGUGGUUUAUGCAUGCUGUAUACUGCUACUAAGGCUUCAUUCCAGAAAUCAAUGAAUUAGUGGUGUUACACAAAAUUAGGCUGCUCACAGUGAAAUCCUCUUUAGGAAAGCAGAGUGGAGAGAAACAACUUACUUGAAAGGAGGUGGGAUUGUUGAGGAUUUCUUUGGUUAGUUUUGUUUGUUUUUUUUAAGAAGUGUCUCUUUUGGUAGUUUGGAAUGAGRCAGGAGAAAUUACAGCUCUGUCUAUGGCCCAGAGUUGUAGCAUGUCUUUUCUGUACUGGCACUGUGCUUUAGAAACUGCAUUUAUUCCACUCUAAAUCAUUUUGUAGCGACCAGAAAGUCUCCUUAAGAAUGUGUGUUUUUCUCUGGACUUCUGCAGGAAUCUGCCAUCUUGGGGCAGUGGUUACCAGAGCAUUUCUUUUUUGUGCCCUCAGUAAAGAUUUUGUUUAUAAAUUAAAGGCUGCGCACUGUUAUUUGGGAUAAUAACGUUCCUUUUAGGCUGUAGGAUAUGCUGCCCCAGUUCUAAGAAUGAUUUUUUUUUAAAGUGUAUUAUUGAAAAUUUUAUUUACUUGUUCAUUUCCUUCCCAGCAGUUUUUUCUUCCACUUGACAGUAAUGUGAAUAUCAAUACCUGUUCUUCUGUAAGUAUUAUUUAUGUUGCAUCAAGAUUUUAAUUUCAUCAAMUUAUUCUCUAGUGCAGAGUAAGCCUGGAUAGUCAGUUGUGACACACAUAAGCCUGAUUGUGUAGGAUACACAGUAACAUUGGAUUUGUCCAUGUGAGUCAUAAGGUGGAGCAAAAGAGGAGGAUCUGAUCUACUGGAUGUAUUUUCCAUGGUUCUCGAAAGGGUCACACUGCAAUAUUAGUUUAAGUAAUAUUGAUGGGAGUCUAAUCACAAAAAAUAAUUACAGUCCUUAAUUUCAUAAAAUUUGAUGUCUUCUGUAUAGGAUCAAAUAAUUUCUGCCACAAACCCUGASAUUUGUUUUAUACUGUACAUAUAUUUGCAGAGAAGUAAGAAAAUUGGUUUUGCUUGUAACAUAAAAAAGUGUAACUGGUAAAAGUGAUGAAUUUUCAGAUCAUUCUUUGCUGUAUACUGAAGCAUACAGUGUAAGCUGUGCAGCUAAAAUGCUGUUUUUUGCUGGCAGCAUGAAGGUUGUGCACAACAAUGCAUAUUUGGCAACUGAAAGGCUUAGAGAAACAAGYCUUAAAGGGCAGCUUAUUUUUACUUUUGUUGGAUUGGAAUUAAAAUGCUAUACCUGAUGUAAGUGACAGCAAUUUAGCAAUCAAUAAAACCUUCCAUACAAUGUGAAUU